CCUGUUGCCUGGGAGAACAUGAGUGAGCAGGAGAGGGAGACAGAGGAGGAUGAGGGAGGGGGCACUUCAGACACAGCACCCAUGCUGCCCCGAAGGCAUCCUGACCACCAGGCAUCAGCCCUGAUGUCUUCAGGGUGGGCAGGCCUGGCUGCCCGAGGCUUCAGGACCCUGCUGUGGCCCGGCCGGAUUCUGGCAGGGCUCCUGCUCCACCUGCUGCUGCCCUCGACCCUGUUCCUGCUGGUGCUGAUGCCGGCAGCUGCCAUCAUCUACUUGGGAUUCCUGUGCCACUCCAGGGUCCACCCGGCGCCCAGCCCCAAGUGCCGCGCGCUGCUCUCGGACCGCGGCUCCGCGACGCUCAUCGUGCUGGGCUUUCUCUCGCUGCCUCUGCUGCUGGUGCUCGCCUCGGCCGCCCGCGCCCGCUUGGCCCGGCGCCUCCGCCCGCUGCUGCCGCCCCCCACUUGGACUCCUGGACUCCGCCGCCACCCAGGGUCCAGCGACGGGGAACAGGAGGAACGCCAUCCCGAAGGGGAGCGGCAGCUCUGCGCCUGGGUGUGA